ACUACAGUCAAUAACUGUCCGUGGAUGGGAAAACAUCUCUCACAAUACAUAUAAUUGUUGCAAAUAUUUUAUCUUAUUUUAUUAUUUAAAUAUGUCUAUUUUUAUAUACUUGUUAUGUUUUGUUUAUCUUAGCUGUGAGUGUAGUGCGUUACCAAGUACAAAUCAACUGAAUAAUGCUGUGAAAGAUUUAGAUAAAAUUAAUAGUACAUCGAUAAACAAUGAUUCGAGCAUUAUCACAGAAAAGGCCGACAAUGUUCAAGAAAAAGUAUUGAUACAAUUUUACUACGAAUGCUUGUGUCCUUUCUGCAUGCGAUUCUAUACUGAAGUUUUUGUACCUAUGGUAGGAAAACUUGGUGAAUACUUGGACGUUCGGACAUAUCCCUACGGUAACGCUUGGACUAACAAAGUUAAUGGAUCGUACGUGUUCGACUGCCAGCACGGCACGGCUGAGUGCUACGGCAACAAACUGCACGCGUGUGCCUUAGACCUGCUGGAGAACAAGACUCAAGCCUUGGUCUUCAACUCAUGUUUGAUGAACGGUUAUUCAGAUGAUAGCGAUGCAGAUGCGUGUGGAAAAGAACAGAAUGUGGAUGCUGUUGCCAUAAAAGAGUGCGCGAAGGGCGAGAAAGGUACACAGCUUCUCAAAUACUACGGCGAUGAAAGCAGCGAUGGACACUACAGCUACGUUCCUUAUCUCCGAAUCAAUGGAGAACACAGAGCAAGAUUUAACUUCGUAUUUAAAGUCUGUAAAACCUUUAAAGUACCUCCCCCUCCUUGUGUAGAGGUAAUCAACAGCGAAAAUGAUGAAGAAUAAACGAAUUUAAGUAGAAAA